AGAAGACACAUUUAGCUAUACAGUACAAUGAUGUACAGUAUAAUCUCACAUUCUCUUAUGGUUGUAUUACUUUUACUGACUGGUUUCUCGUCGGAAGAAGCUACCACAACCGCUCCACAGGCAUCAACGGAGACCACAGAAAGAUCUACAACACCGCCACCGACCACAAUAAGGACAACUAAGGUACCUACAACAGCGCCAUCGACCACAUUAGUGACAACUGAGGAUCCUACAACAAUAGUGCUACCAACCACAUCAGUGACAACGAAGGAACCUACAACAAUAGUGCCACCCACCCCAUUAUGGACAACUGAGGAACCUACAACAGCGCCACCGACGACAUCAGUGACUGAGGAACCUACAACAGCACCGCCGACUACAUUAGUGACAACUAAGGAACAUACUACAAUAGCGCCACCGACCACAUCAGUGACAACAGAGGAUAGUUUCAUGUUUGUGGCUAAUCUUAAUCCUCCGGGAAUUUACACCUCGAAUAUCAGUCUUAAUAGCAACACUUUGUACCUUAGCGAAAUACCAGUCAAUGUAUCAACACCUGUAGCCCUUGAUUAUAAUCCAUUAACAUCAACACUAUAUUGGUCAGAUGUAGCCAAAUCGACUAUCGAAAGUUAUAACUUUGACACAUUUGAACAGGAUGUGCUGGUUUCAUCUGAAUCUACAAAUUACUCGAAGGCCUUCGACUGUAUCCGACACUCAUCACUCUGGAAAUUUAUGAAGGAAAUGGGUUUCCCAGUGCAUAUAAUCAACCUGAUAAAAUCAUUAUACAGUGGACAAGAGGCAACAGUCAGGCAAACUUUGUCAAGUCAUAGCUUCGCAGCAUUGAGUGAAGCCUCCUAGCUUACAUAGUGGAAUUUUAAUACA